CUGGAGAGGCAGAGAGGAGAGACCGCAGAGACAGAGGGGCAGGUGGGCUGGCCCAUGGCGGAGGCCUCGCUCCCACAGCUGAGGGGAGAUGCCGAAGCCACACCUUGCCCCAGUGUCCUGGAACUGGAGGAGCUCCUGAGGGCAGGGAAGUUUUCUUCCAGCCGCGUGGACGAAGUUUGGCCCAACCUUUACAUAGGAGAUGCGGCCACGGCAAAUAACCGCUUUGAGCUAUGGAAGCUGGGCAUCACCCACGUGCUAAAUGCUGCCCAUGGGGGCCUCUACUGUCAGGGCAGCCCUGACUUCUACGGCAGCACUGUGAGCUACCUGGGGGUGCCAGCCCACGACCUCCCUGAGUUCGACAUCAGUGCCUACUUCUCCUCUGCAGCUGACUUCAUCCACCGUGCCCUCAGCACACCUGGGGCCUUGGGACAUUGCCAUCUGGUACCUAGAUGUCUGGCUUCUGUCCUAAAGUACUUUCGAAUGGAAAAAAAUCUUCUAAUACCAGGGGUACAACAAAGGAGCCUGGGGAAGCUGCUUCGUGUUCAUCCUGGCCAGGGUCCUGGUGCACUGCGUGGUAGGGGUGAGUCGCUCUGCCACGCUGGUCCUGGCCUACCUCAUGCUGCGCCAGCAGCUGUCCCUGCGCCAGGCGGUGAUCACCGUGAGGCAGCACCGAUGGGUCUUCCCCAACCGAGGCUUCCUCCACCAGCUCUGUCGGCUGGACCAGCAGCUGCGGGGUGCAGGCCGGAGCUGAGGGGCCAGAACUGGUCCUUACUCCCUGCCACAGGGCUCUGCCACUUUGUCACCCUGGUGCUGGCCCUGCUGGUGCUGCUAGAGGCUCUGGCCCAGGUGGGUACCCAGAAGAUGGUAAGAGACCAGUGUGGGGUCCGCCCUAGAGCCCACAGCUCCAUGCGCUUCCUCCUGCUGCCUGCAGCCCCUCUUGGCCACUGUCUCCAGUUCUCACAGAAACAGCAUCAAGCAUGCAGAGACAGGCGGCUGGAAGCCGGGAGCAAAAAGUGCCCGUCAGAGAAGACCUCAGCCUGGGCCAGAUACCCCCACAGGAUGGACUCGCUGCAGAAACAGGACCUCCGGAGGCCCAAGAUCCACGGGGCAGUCCGGGUGCCCCCCUACCAGCCACCCACGCUGGCCUCACUGCAGCGCUUGCUGUGGGUCCAUCGGGCUGCCGUGCUGAGCCACAUCAACGAAGUCUGGCCCAACCUCUUCCUGGGAGAUGCGUACGCAGCCCGGGACAAGAACAAGCUGACCCAGCUGGGCAUCACCCACAUCGUGAAUGUCGCCGCAGGCAAGUUUCAGGUGGACACAGGUGCCAAGUUCUACCGUGGAAUGCCCUUGGAGUACUAUGGCAUUGAGGCUGAUGACAACCCCUUCUUCGACCUCAGUGUCCACUUUCUGCCCGUUGCUCGAUACAUCCGAAAUGCCCUCAGCAUUCCCCAAGGCCGCGUGCUGGUACACUGUGCCAUGGGGGUGAGCCGCUCUGCCACGGUUGUCCUGGCCUUCCUCAUGAUCUGCGAGAACAUGACGCUGGUGGAGGCCAUCCAGACAGUGCAGGCACACCGGGAUAUCUGCCCCAACUCAGGCUUCCUCCGGCAGCUCCAGGUUCUGGACAACCGACUGGGGCAGGAGACGGGGCGGCUGUGACCUGGGGGGCAACCAGGAACCCUGACCCUCCAGCCAGCAUGGCCCAUCCAACCAGCCUGGCCCUGGGGACCGUGCUUCCAGUGACCUUGAGAUGUAAAUAGCAAGUGGGGGCUUAGCUGAGGCGGAGGCAGGGAGAGCUGGGUGGUGACCUUUAGCAGGUGGAUCUCCCUGACCCAAUCCAAAGAUUCUUUAUGCAGAAAAGAGUUCAGUCUGUCUCUAUAAUAAAAGGUUCAUCAUAAUAAAGA